AUGAACACCCCGGGCGCCUCGAUGCCGCCCGCGGCUGGCCCAGGCAACGCCGACAACUACAUCAUCGGACACAACACGCGGCCGGCAAACCCCACGCCGCUGUCGGCACCGCAGGAGCAGCAGGUGCGCGAUCUGUACUACAAGAAUGUGCGCGCGAAAUGCGCGCCGGAGAUCGAAGCCUUCGCACAAUGCGCCCUCGGCCGCACCCUCACCAUGAUCUACGCAUGCCGCGCGCCCCGCCUCACCAUGAACGCCUGCAUGCUGCAGUACCAGAACCAGGACGAGCUGGACAAGGCGCGCAGCGAGUGGUUCGCCCUGGCCGAGGAGCGCAAGCGCGCUCGCCUCGAGCAUAAGCGCAAACUGGCCGACGCCAAGGACAAGCACAAGGAGUGGUGGAAUCUCGAUGAUUCGGGGAGGCUGCAGGGGAAGACGGUGGAGAAGGGUGGGGAUGGUGUGAUUAGGAGGGAGGAGAACAAGGUUGAUGCGUCUGGGGUGAGGAGAGGGGGUGUCUGGGGCGGGACGUAG